AUGCAGCCGAUACACAAACAGUUCACGGAUCUCCUGAUGACCAAGCGACUUCAGACUUUGCAGAGUGUUGAUGACGCUGUGGGAAAGAAACCAGAGUUGAAAGAAGCGUCGCGGUUAAGAAAAGCGAAGCAGCUGUCGGAUGAGGCCAAAGGAAACAUAUGGAGCCUUUUGUGUCCUUUGACUCGAAGGAGACUAAACAUCACUCUUCGUGGCUCUUUAUAUAGAUGUUCUAAUGAGAGGCAAAUGAGAACCCAAAAAGAAUCUGUCUGCCAAGAGCUGGAAGCAUUAGGAGAGCUGGACAACACCUACAUUAUAUACACGUCAGACCAUGGUUACCAUCUCGGCCAAUUUGGAUUGGUCAAAGGAAAGUCAUUCCCAUUCGAGUUUGACGUGAGAGUACCUUUCCUGGUACGAGGACCUGGAAUUGAGCCCGGUACCAUAAUAGACGAUCUGGUGUUAAACAUUGACUUAGCACCUACAUUCCUUGAUAUUGCUGGAGUGGAAACACCUCCACAAAUGGACGGUAGAUCUUUUCUCAGGCUGCUGAAUCGGAGACACAAGCCGAAAACUAGAUACUCAAAUAAAUGGCCCGAUACAUUUCUCAUAGAAAGCGGCAGGAGAGAUACAGCUGAAUCCAUGAUGGCAGAGGCAAAGUUGAGAGAAUCUUUAGACAAGAUUGAAAAAGACAUCAAUCAAACAAUCAGUGCAGCAAAAAGUGUUUCAGAAGGAAUGGAACAAAAUGAUGGACAAAUGGACAAUCAACUGUUACCAAUUUUAGGAAUCAGUAAAAUGGAAAGAUUAGCUAUAGAGUGUCAAAGGCCUGAAUAUAAAGCUCCCUGUAAACCGGGCCAAAAAUGGCAAUGCCUAGCGGAUGGUAACAGAUGGAGAAAGCAUAAAUGUAAACUGCGGUUAGCAAUGUACUCACAGCCAAGAGGAAAAAAAUGUGCAUGUUUCACUCCAUCAGGAUCUAUGUAUACCAUAUUUGAACAGGAUGAAAGAAGAUUUAUGAACAAAUAUCCAAGAGGUAGCAUGAUACAUAGAGAUGUUAAAGAAUACAGAGCAAAACUCGCAAGAGGAAUAAGAUCUAAAAGAGAAGUUACCAAAGAGCAAAAUAGGACACAUACAGGUGACAAAGUAUCUUCUCCCAGUACAGAACACCAAACGCCUGGUGCAGAAUUUGGUCAAGAAAUGACGAUGGAAGACGCUAUUAUUACAAUGAGAAGUCUUCUUAAGCACAGGGAUGUUGAAAAAGCGAUAUCACAUGUAAUACAGUCCUUAAAUAAUUUAGAGAAUACUCGAAGAGUAAAGAGAUCAACUCUGGACAGUUUAGACAGUCAUGUGAGUACCAUUAUGGGCGAACUUGAAGAUAAGCUGCAUGGACUAGAGGAAUCAAGCAUUGAAAACAAAGCUAGGCUUGGAAAUUGCACACUCCAAAAAAAUGGAGAAGUUUACUGCUCUGAUGAUAUAUACCAUAAUCUGAAAGCUUGGAAAGCCAGUAGGGACCGCCUUGAUUACCAAAUCAAAAAACUGAAGUCCGAGUUGGAGAAACUUAAGGAGAUCAGACGUCAUUUAAAAGAAAAAAGGCCCCACCAUGCUUAUGAUCAUAGCAUAGAAGAUGAUGACUAUGAUAAGAGUUCAAUACAUGAUCCUCAAUCUCCCGCUUUAAGUGAGGAAAAUGAAAAUCAUAGCGAAAGCAAAACUUCAUCAGGGCAAAGCUCGAAUGAAGGUCUAGAAUUAGAAAGGCCAGUAGUAAGUUCAUCAACAAGCUAUUUAGGACAUAAUAAAACUGUGAAAGAUGACUUCUAUACAAGCCGUGCAAGAAACAGGCAUCGACACCAUCAUACAGUUGGAUUUCUCGAUGAAUAUUAUCCUUACAUAGUUGACUCAAAAGAUCAAGGUCGACAAAACAUUCAUAUGAGGCCUUUAAACAGAGGUAUAUCUUCUAAUGAUCCUUCCGAUUUUGGAAGAAAUGAUCCGAUAAUGAGAUACCCAAGUUUUCAUCAUAGACAAUCACUUCCAAGAGAUACUUGUUUCUGUGAACCUGAUUUGCCACCUUAUAAAGAAGAAAAGGAAGCUGCAAAAGAGGCAAGAAGGAAAAUAAAGGAAGAAAGAGUGCGUAAGAAGGAACGAAAAUUACGCAGAAAAGCCAAAUUAGAGAGUGAAUGUCUCUCUGAAAAAAUGAACUGUUUUAAUCAUGACAAUGAUCACUGGAAAACUCCUCCUUUUUGGACUGAGGGGCCAUUCUGUUUUUGCAUGAACGCAAAUAACAACACAUACUCUUGUUUGAGGACAAUCAAUGCUACUCACAACUUUUUAUACUGCGAGUUCAUCACUGGGUUGAUUACGUAUUACAACCUAAGAGUAGAUCCCUUUGAACAAUGGAAUCGAGUAAAUAUAUUAACUAAUGAAGAAAAAUCCUACCUUCAUGACCAACUGGAACAUCUUAAAAGCUGCAAAGGCACUGGCGAUUGCACAGUCGGUUCAGCUGCGCAAGGGAACCAAGGAGCAUUUUCACCGCCGCCAAAACCCCUAAAAAGGAGAAAGUUUCAUAACGUACCUGACUUUGGUGGUGGAGGAGGAGAAACGGGAGGCCUGACUGGAAGGUUAAGCGAAGAGAGACAAUUCGGCAGCAGAAGCAGAGUGAAACAAGUUUAA